AUGUUCGCGCCCACCUAUCUUGCACUUCUGUCAGUCUGCGCAUCCUGGGUCUCCAGUGCCGCGGUGCUCGUCAAUAUCCCGGCAUUUGGGAUCACGCAAUUGCGCAUUCUUCAGCUUCAUGGCGGCAACACCACCAUCAGCUUCACCGUCCAUGACCCGAACCCUCUGGCGAACGCCACGCAGACGUGUACUGGCAGGUGGACAACCAACAUCAGCAACUAUCCGCAGGGCACCUACCAACAAUGCGGGAACAGCACCCUCGCGUGGAAUAUGCAGAGUUUUGUCGACAUUAGCGACUUCCAGCUAGGCGUCGAGCACCUCUUCAGAGAUCCAAAGGUGGGUGUGUAUCCCUACGAUAUGAUCAUAAACUUCGGCAAGGCUGUGGUCAAUGAAUCGAGCUGCGCGUGUUCGGCUCUUGGUGGGUUCGCAAGCUGCCAACAGCGCACUGGCAAGAUCCUGCAUGCGCCGGUGUACGCGUCCGUGGCGAAGCGCAAGUCAUGA